UUUCUCCUCUGCUGCUAGCCCCAGCUUCUCACUGCUGCUGCUUCCCUUCUUCGCUCUAUGCCAUGUGAAGCUCUCCAUCGGCAGGCUUGGUGCUUGAUCCAGGACUGUAAAUGGAUUGUUACUGAAGAACAGUGAGCCUUAAAAAGGUGGCUAGAGGCUGAAGAAUGUGGCUCAAAAGUCAGAUCUUGCUCUUAUAUUGCAUUGCAAGUGAAGUUUGGAUGGCAAAGCGGCUUGAUGCUAGAAGAAAUUUGACCAAGGAACUUUAUUCUCUUGAAGACGGUGGUUCUGCAAAGUGGAACAGGCUGAAAAGAAGUCUAUAUCAGGGCAAGUCCUGCAGGAUACGAGGCUGCUGCACAGGAAGGAAUGAUGACUGCAGCUUUAACAUUGCUUCCAGAGCAGCUAUAUGUUACUGUGACCAGUUCUGUGCCUCAGGUCCUCCUGGACCCAUAGACUGCUGUGCUGACUACUGGGAUACUUGUGAGAACACCGUUGAGCCCACCAGGUCUGAUGAGCCUUGGCCACCUCCAGCAUCAGGUUGUUAUAAAGAUGGCCGACAUUACGGAGAAGGAGCAAUAAUUAAAGACAACUGCAAUUCCUGUAAAUGCAUCCAAAGUAACUGGAAGUGUUCAAAUGAAGUAUGCCUUGUUCGCCCAGACUUGAUUCACCACAUUAAUUCUGGAGAUUACGGAUGGAAAGCUGACAACUAUACUCAGUUCUGGGGCAUGACGCUGGAAGAAGGUUUCAGAAAGCGCUUGGGCACAUUACCUCCAUCUCAUUCCUUGCUGAACAUGGAAGCAAUUCCAGGAAGCUCCCUUCUGGAAGAAAAAUUUCCUGAGUUUUUUGCAGCCACUUAUGCAUGGCCUGACUGGAUUCAUGAUCCUUUGGACCAACGAAACUGUGGAGCAUCCUGGGCAUUUUCAACCGCAAGUGUCGCAGCAGAUAGAAUAGCAAUUCAUUCUGAUGGUCAAAUCACAGACAACCUUUCUGUUCAGAACUUGAUCUCUUGUGAUACCAAGAAUCAACAUGGAUGUGGUGGUGGCAAUAUUGAAGGUGCUUGGAGAUACUUGAAAACACAUGGGGUCGUAUCCUAUGCCUGCUAUCCAUCAUUUUGGAAGCAUUCUCUGGAUUCACCAAGUGAAAAUCACUGUUAUGUGUCCAGUGAAUAUGGAAAAAAUCAUACAAAUGGGCCCUGUCCCAAUGCUUUAGAAGAUUCCAAUCGGUUAUAUCGCUGUGCCUCUCACUACAGGAUCUCCUCAAAAGAAACUGAUAUAAUGGAAGAAAUCAUGGCCAAAGGACCUGUGCAAGAACAUCCUGAAAGUGAUCUUCAGCUACUGAAAAUGAUUUUCCAUUUUCCUUCACUUGUCAUUCCUCAAGAUCUUACAAAGUACUUAUGGCCAAUCUUAUCUAAUGUAAUGAGUAAUAUUUAAUAGCUGAAUAAUUUU